CUCAUGGGCUCCAGUAUCCUGAGGGAACAAAUGUCGUAUGAACCAAUUGUUGGUCACCGGCUUCCAUGGGACUGCAUCUCCUCACGUUGCUCCACUUUCUUGUUGAUCAGACCUUCGGGUCGAGGGCUCCGGGUGUGGCCCCCUAAGAAAACCACUUGCUUCGGUUCGGGCACCCGGGGAGUAUCACAGCCCUCACACAUAUCGAAUGAGAUUUGUGCGGCGCAUAUGUAUUUGGUGCCUCUUUGUACCAAUAUCCAUGUGUUAAAAUAAAUAAAUAAAUACACUAUAGUAAGGGCGAACUUUUCUACUGAAGGUAUAUUAGCCUCAGUUGAUCACUUGACUGCCAUGUAUCACAACAUAGAGUGCCUAUGUUCAUCACUUCCAAAAUAACGUCCAUCCGUCAGUAAGGUUUGGAACCGUCCUAAACAUGGGUUGUGACACUUAUCUAACCUGAAAAGAAAUGACCAAAAUAUCAUUUAGAUGAUUUAAAGUUACGAGCGCAUAAAAAUGUUUAGCCGAAAUUUAAUUCUUAAAAAUAAUAACUAUGUCUAUCUGAGCUUUUCUGAGUUUAGCAUAAACCUCUGUCAAGUGUUCAAUGGGUGCCAUAGUUUGUCUGAUAUCAGUGAGCACGGUAUUUGUCACAGUGAACUCAUUAAUGAACCCAAAAAAUAUGGACGAAGCGUGAACUACUGAGACGGUUUUAUAAAUUACAUAACUAAGUCUAAAUUAAACUGAACGUAUGCAAGAUACUUCUGUUCCUACGAAGAAACUAACACAAUAGAUGUUUGAAAUCGAACUUUGUAAAUAAGGUGUGUCUAGCUAAAUCAUUCCUGGAACUGGCAGGAAAUGCUCACAGCAUCUUCAUACUGUCAAAUAUAUUCAUUACCAACCAAACACUGACCAUAUUAUUAUAUUACAUAUUUCUACGUACAUUGCAUCGUUUAUCAAGUUAUUCAGCAAUUCUGAGUAAUAAGUACAUUCUUAGUUGGUAGAUUGUUUAUCAUCCACAGUAAGGAGAUUGAAGCAGUCUUACUCAUGCAUGGAUUUAAGCUUACGUGUGGUACAUCCAUUUCUGUUUGAACCGGUAGGACACAAUAAUCACGUUAGUUGGUAUUUAUUACGGACAACGUCUUGUAACCUCGCCAAUUUAAUAUACGUUCCCUCACAGAAUCGCCGUCAUAAACAGACAGUAAUGUUGAUUUAAGAAUUCUGUUGCGGUAAUGUGAACUUCUAACUCUUGUUUUUUGUGGUAAUUCCUAACUAGAUCUUUGUUAGCGUGAUAUAGAUUGGAUAAAGCAUUUUCCGAGCAGUAUUGUAUUGGGUCAUCUUGAUUGGCUAAGUUAUAGCCAAUCAACUGUAGCAGAUACUUGGAGACGACUCUAACAGCUUCUUGUGUAGAAUUAUAAAUAUUACUAAAGUUUUUUUUAUAAUGCUUCCUACCUCUAUUCGCCCGUGUUUAUUUGGGAUAUAAUCACAUUCCUGUUCUGAUUCGGGGACUUGUCAAAUGAAGUAGUGUCCGAAGAAUAUUAAGCAAUAAGUAACUAGGUCGUAAAAAUAGGGAUCUUGACAAUCUUGUUGGAAUUUCACCUAAUCCAAACUUUCACGUACGUAUGAUUUACAUUAUAAGUUAGAUAUUGACUUGAGUCUUGUUCAAACGGUUAACGUCUUUAUUGUUGUUAUGGGUGAAUAUAUCUUUAAAAUGUUCAGUCUUUGACUAGCUUAUGUUAGUGCAGCAUAAAGUAGUUUUAAAAUCCUUGUUUUUUCCGUUUGUUAGUCUAAAGAGAAGAUGAUGCGGGGCGAUAGACGUGGAUGUGUAAAGUUAAAAAAUGCUCAAGUUGGGAUUGAUGAUGAAGAUGAUAGUACAUUCACCAUAACUGUUGAUCACAAAACAUUUCACUUCCAAGGUAACCGUACUGAUUUAUUCUCCGUCAUCGCUACACUUUUUUUGAAAUUUCAAACUGCUCUGUGAAAGAUUGCCCAACUGAUUGUUCUGUGGAAAUUGUGUUUGACUUGUACCAGAUGGUUAUAGACAAGAAACGGUAUAAACAUCCAGGGACUUGGAAAAUCAAAAUAUUAGUCAAUGGUUGAUGGGGUUUUUUGAGAGGAUAUAUCUAUGGUGGUUUUUCUCAGUACGGUAUGGAAAUCGGAAGUAGAUAACACUAUCUGAUUCGGAGGUGAAUUUUACAACCUACAAACUUUGACCACGAAAGUAUCCCUUCAUACAUUUAUACUACCAAUUUCAUGUUUUACCAUUAGCCUUUACUUACCGUUAAAACUUAAACGUGAUCAUUCAGGAUGGGGUACUAUAAGGAUUAUGUUACUUCAUGAUCAUUAUUUAAUCUGAAAGUUCGGAAUAUAUCAUUCUUGAUAAAGACAAUUAUUAUGAGUAUAAUAUACCCAUAUCAUACCAAAUUAACGUCAUGUAUUGUGAAAGCUUUAUACCCAUUACUUUUAGAUCAGCUAAGUAUGGUUUAUUCCUGACCUCAAGCUUCCUUUCAGCUACUUUUCUCUGUCCCUGUCUCAGAAGUGCGGUAUUGUUCAUCGACUGAGAUGGUUGGACCACGUGUUACGUAUGCCUGAACACCGAUUACCAGUAUGCGCAAUGCUGACUAAUGUUGGAGACGGACUGAAGAAAGUUAGGGGCGGCCAAUCCAAAACGUGGCAUAGUAAAUAAAAUGACUAACUUCUGGUUUGAUCUAUGUUGGUAGAUGCAGACUACUUGGUUGGGGUCCGCACGACUAUCGUAACCAAUGGUUGGAGACUUUGGGUGACAUGGCUGAGGAUCGAUCACAAUGGUGAAGGUGUAUACACUCCUUGACUUCCCUUAAAUUGAGAUUAAAACUGCUUUAUUUUAUUUGCAUAAAAAAGGUUUAUGUAUUUUCUAUAUGAUUACUCGUGCUUAUGUCUUAUCACUAGGAUAAUAAAGUUUGUGUGUUUCUUAAAUCUGAUUAGUUCAGGGUGGGUAUUUGUUCACUGUUGUUUAUCUGUUAAGAUUUGGACUAUUGAGUGGCUUUAGUCGGUGUAGUAUAAAACACAGAUUAGUAGAUUUUUUUGGUUGGUUCAGGCUUUCGUAUAACAGGAUAAAUAUGUAUUUAUAUGAACUUUCCAGUUGUGCUCUAUGCAUUGUGUGAGGAUUUUUCUGAACAUUUCACACUGACUUAUUAGUCAUACCUUUGUCACUGAUGAGUUUGACAUUGAGUAGGAUUUUCCUGUACAAAAUUGUAUUUUCAUAAAUCAAUUUUAGUUCAUUUACACAGUCAUUUGGAGUACUACUUUAUUUUAAAAUAAGGUUGCAUUUGAAUAUAAAUGCCCGUUCACAACACGUGGUUGCUUAUCCUUUAAUCAUCGAUACUGUUUUUUAUUUGAAUAUUAACGCUUAGCAGUCAUAUGAUUAUACUUAUGUACUUAUCAGUAGGCUUAUAUACUUCUGAGUGUUUGAAAAAAUAAUUUAACUGUUAAACAAUGUUUUGUAUAAGCUACUUCACAAAUAACAUUUCCUUCUCAAUUUCGAUGUAAUAUGGUUUACAUAUCCGGUCAAAAUACUAAAGUAACAAUAAUCCGUAUUGUGUAGUUAAAACUUAGUUGUUCGACAGAUUACUUAGUUACACUUUAUUUUAUUUAAACUUUUUAUUUAGAUACAUUGAUAUUCGUUAAUGAGCUAAAUCUAGUGACUAGUAUCGCGUACGAAACCGCAGAUCACCAUUUUUCUGAUCAGUAUGAAAGUUGAUUAACAAUAUUAGUUACAGUUAAAAAUUUCCUGUUAUUUAGUGUCACGCUCUUCCUUUCAUUAUUCACUGUCACUUAAAUGACUUGACCCUAGAUUGCGUGGUGAUUAGUGUUGCUUUGUUGUAGAAGAGAUGAGUUAAAACUCUAAGCCUAAGUUUUAAUACCACCAGCCCUAAACUAGUUACAUGAAAUACGGAUAAUAACGUCGUUGUUCAUCUCGAAAUAAAAGUACAAAUCGAAACCAAGGAUUUACAUGACUGUUAUCAUAAGAUAUUCGCUUUCCAAACUUGUAUAUGUUUUGAUAAGGAGAAAUGUGUGUAAAGUUUCCAUGGGAUUCGCAAACUUUUAUUUAUAGAUUAUAACUCAUUGUUACUUUAGUGAGAGUUAAGCCGAGUGAAUACAGUAAACCUUGCUGCUUUAACUUAAUUAUUGUUUAUUUUAGCAGUUUCGUAAAUCAUUUUGUAUCUGAUCUUUAUCCAGUUAUUAUAAAUAUCAAUUUUUUCUUUAGCUCGUAACUCAGAUGAACGUCAAAAGUGGCUAGACGCUUUACAGGAGGCUAGGGAUUUACAUACGCAGAAUUAUGCUCUUCUGAAUCAGACCAAUCGUUUACUGGAACAUCCUUGCAGCCUUUCCGAAUUCGACCGUCGUAUCGUAGAGGCAGAUGCUUUUUUACAAAUUCUCAUAGAUCAACAUGAGCAACUGGUCAGUCAUAUUCCAUCGUCCGAUGAAUGUCGGCCGGAGAUUAUGGGCGCUGUCACUUUUCGGAUGCAAAGGCUUAUCGAACUGGUGAAAAAGACAAUUGUAUGCCUCCAGUUUGCCAGAGGUGACGCAAUAAGGAGGACAUUUCGUAUACUUCUGUUAGCAGGAUCCUAUUUUACCAUAAGUGGUCACAGUAAAUGAUUGUAUCGGUUAGUAUUUGGAGUUAAUUGUUGGUUGGUGUACAAUCUAUUAGGGUUGUAUCGUGGUUAUAUAUUCAAUCCAUACCUAAUAGAAAGGUCAUUUGAUUAAUGCUGAAGAUUCAUUUUGCUUCUACGUCUAUAGUGAUACUCUGUAUUUCGUCAGCUAUUCUUUUUCUGUAACUAGUAUAUUUUUGUCACCGUUUAAUUAUUAUUUAGAAAUAGUGAUUAUUGCGUAAUGAUGGUAUAUCUGUGUAUUCUUAGGGUCGAUCUAAUAAAUCUGUUCUUAUUCGCGAACUUCCGGAUUUAAGUUGUUUUCAAAUGACUGAAUUAAAUCUCCAGUAUUAUCUUUUUUCUAUCAUUCAUGUACAAUACAUGAAAAGUUAUUUUUCAUUCCUACUUUAGUUUCGAUUCUACAAACUAAGACUUCAUAGUAUUGAAAAGUCAUUGACUGAAUGUAAUAUAUGCAAUAGUUAAGUGUACAAAUGUGUAACUGGUUAUUUAUUCUGGUGCAUUUUAGUCUUUUAAAAGAUUUUUUGUAAUACUUUAUUAAUUCUUGGAAAUAGUUGUUUGGUUUGUCCACUCAUCAUAGGCAUAUAUCUCAUUUACUUGAUUAAUGUAGCUAAUUGCAUGUAAGAAUACAUGAUGGCUUCAAUUCACAGCUUGGAUGUUCAUUGUAUUCUAUGUUUACAUUUUUUCUGGAACUAUUUGUUACACGUAGUUUCAUUACUUGACGGUUUUCUUUUCGUUUAACUUUACCCAUUGUAUGGAUUAUUCAUAGUAUUUCCCUUGCCGAGAUUAUUGUUUUGUAAAAGUUUUAAUUAGGAAAACCCUGUUUUAACAUUCAAUGGUCAAGUUACAAUUUAGAUUAUUGUUUAGGUGAAUUCAUCUUUCAAGUAUUUUAAUCACGAUAUCUGUCACUUGUCACAGUCCGAAAGCUUUCUACACUGUAAUAUAUAAUAGGUGUCAUUGUCUCACUAUUUUUUCAUAACAAAUCAUAAUCCAUUUUAUUUUCGCCCCACGAAAUGUGUCUGGAUUAUGAUAUUAAUCACUUUUCUAACAUCUCAGUUUAGGAUAUGAAUACUUAUUUGAUAGUGUAAAUAGGAAAGAAUCCUUUGAUUAUAAUAUUUAACUUAUUAUUAGUAGUAGUACUGUAAUAUGCUAAAAAACUCUUUGUUGUGCGCUAUACCAAAUUUUUCUUCUUGAAACAAACUAAUAUCUUCUCCCACCCCAUUAAAUUAACUUUUGUGUUAUAGGUUAUGAACAAAUUAGUUCCGAUUGUACAAUCAGAAGAAAUCUUUCAGUUAAGGAAGAUACAACCACUUUUUAUGAAGAAAGUAAAGGAAGGUCACAGCAGGAUCGCCACUGGCUUCUAUUCUGAGCCAUAUCUGAUAACGUCUCUAGCCGUGUUGCACCAUCUCUCGGACCCCAACCAGGGAGUCGUGAAGGACUAACAGAAGCCAUCUCUUUGCAGCUUCCUUUCAUGCCACGACACCAUGUCAUGCACUGACCACUUCUCCGCUUCUUCCAACCAGUCCCAGAGUCGGCAAAUAAUGCACGACGUGGAAUUCUCUGGGACGACAUUCGUAGAAUAUGUCCAAGCCACCGAAAUCGGUGUUUCAAGAUGAUGACAUCGAUUGCAUUAUCAUCUCUGUGCCCGAACACACGAUGCCGAACUUCUGCAUUACUGACAUGGUGUUGCCACUGAAUGUCAGCAAUCCUUCGGAGACAGCGAUGAUCGAACACAAAGAGUCGUCUAACGUCCUCAACUCGGAGAGACCAGGUUUCACAAGCAUAGAGCAAAACUGCUCUCACCGACGCCUUGUAGAUCCGACCUUUUACAGCCAGACUAACAUCACGAAGGCGCCAAAGAUAGCCCAGAUUGGCAUAAGCCGCUCUGGCUUUCACUAUUCGUGCAUUGAUCUCAUCACUCACACUGCCACCAGCACUUAUGCAGUUAACUAGAUACACGAACUUCUCGACUACUUCUAUCUGCUCACCAUCCAGGGUGAGUACAGGAUCAGGGUCCUGCAAGUCUAGAAUGUGCAAAGUACAUACCGUACCUACGGACAAUGAUUGCCAACUGAUUAAAAUACGGAAAACUAUCGACUCAUCCCAUGACGUUGGUACACUCUCUGCCUCCCAGACUUUUGUAAACAACGUUGUCAGUUCCUUAGCCAGAAAGUCACCACCAUCUUUAAAAAGAGCCGGAGGUAAGUCAUCUGGGCCCCGGUGAUUUGUAGCGCUUCAAGAGUUGGAGUUCCUUGCGGACUUCCGCUUCAUUUGGUGGAUCAGUCGUCACAGGCUAUGGAGAGCAGGACAAUCCGACCGACGUUGCCGGCGCAGCAGACCAGUUGAACUGCCCUUCGAAGAAUUCAGCCCAUCGUCCAAGAUGUCGAUGGGUGUUAGUGAUUGGCAUCUCGUCAUCCUCACAGAUUGUUUCGUUCACACCAGACUUUUUGCUUCUAGUGACUCAGAUGAGUUGGAAGAGCUUCCGGCAGUUACUAGAUGCAGCUGCUGCUUCCAGCUCUUUAACCGGAUCCCAAAUCAAUUAUGCACAUAGGCUCCUGUAUGCUGAGGGAACAAAUAGAGUAAGAACCAAUCGUUGGUCACCGGCUACCAUGUGACUGCAUCUCCUAACGAUGCUUCACUUCCUUGUGGGUUUGACUUUUAGGUCAAAGGCUGGGGGUGUGGCCCCCUAAGAAAACCACUUGCUUCGGUCUGGGCGCCCGAGCAGUAUCAAAGCCCUGUUCAUAUAAUGUAUUCUUAUUUUUCAGUGUUGUCUCUAAUUUUGUAUGAACUUCAUUAUGGCUGUAAAUCGGUGUAGAUUUUGUUAUCAUUUUCACAGUAUGUUAUUAACUUAGUAAUUGUUUUGUAUUGUUUUUGAAUCUAUCUUUGCAGUACUUGUUGUUUGAUAAAUAUUUUGAUGAAACAAUAUUACUUGUCCAUACUUGAUUUUGUAGGGUCGAUGCUUUUUAAGGUUGCAUCAUUCAAAUUAGAUGAGUUACAUGCUCGGUACCUUUUUUGUAUGCCUAGGUCGCUUAAUUUUUCCCAUAUAUGUUUUAUUAUUAUCAUUAUUUUUCAAAUCACCGAGUAAAUUCUAGAUUUCUACAUUGCUGUCAGUAUAUCCUAAAUAGUCACAAAAUGAACUCAUCACUAGCGGGAUUGAUACAGCAGUUACCUUGUUCAGCUAAUUGGUUUGUUGAACUAAUAUAAUAGGAUACAUGACAAUGAUAUUGUUUAUUUUUAAUGAAAUAUCGAUAAUUCAUUAAUAUAAAUCAAAUAGAAUUAAGUGACAUUUGUGAUAAACUUACUUUCCUUUUAACUAUUAUUUAUGCUUUUAAGUUUUUGAUUUAGCAACUUACUUUGAUUAAUAUGGAAAUGAAUUUUUUGCAUUUGAAUCUCAAAACAUUAUCUUUCUCAUCUUGAAAAUAUAUCUUUCUGUAUACACUUUAGGGUUCAGUCAAUAGUUCAUAUCGUAUACCGAUUACUUUGAAUGACAACAUUGUUUCUGAUGCAGUUGACAUUCCGCAAACUUUACAAUUCGAUACGUCUAUAUCAAGCAGUGCUUUCUCUACAUUGAAAGUGAAAGAUUAUGAUUUAAAAGUACAUGAGAUAAAUCAUACAUUUAUGAACCUUCAAAGUGGUGAAGGUGAUGGUGAAAAUCCAUUCACUUCUUGUCAAGAGUCCUUAUCUAAUGCUUCCCCUAUUAUAACACAGAAACCUUCCAAAAAACAUUCUACUCGUAAUUCUCGACGUUUGGAAAAAAGCAAAUUACACAAGCGGCCAUCUUCUACUACAGAAUCAUCCAUCGAAUCCCAUUCAAUACGUUCAUAUCCUGAGCAGCUAGCUACUAUUUCUUCAUCACUCCCUAAUGAUACUGUGAUUGUGAAAAGAUGCUUUGAUGCAUUAGAUUCACCCUCUUCUAAUUAUCCACCAUUGUCCAUCCCAAGAAUGCCAGUUAGGUCUUAUUCUUCUUCAGAUGAUGAUCAGGCUCAAUUGGAUCAAGAAGAAGAGGAUGAAGAAUUCUUUGAUACUCAAGAAGAUAUUUCUGUCAACUGCGCAAUAACAAAUUCUCCACAACCUGUCAAGGAGUAUGUAAUAAUUCAUCCGAACUCUGUGGUUAUUUUUUUCUAUGAAUUGGUCUAAUUAGCUAAGUCCUAACAUAGUAGUUUUAUGUGUUUGUUGCUACUCACGUUGAUAGUAUGUAAUACUUUCAAAUGCGGAUAAUUUCACAAUAUUCCGUUAGCUUUAAUUUCAGUUCCUUUUAGGUUUAUUAUGUACAUAUCUUAUCUCAAAAUAGUGAAACUAAUUGAUAAAAUUUAGCAUGAGAUUUAUAGUAACUAGAGAUUCUGUGUGUUGAACUCCGGUUUUUCCAGUUUGGACACUGAGGACUUCAUCGGUGAAUGGGUAUGAUUUGAAUCUAACUACUAUGUCAGUUCUUAUUUAUUGAAGAGUUGAAAUUUAAAAUAUCCCAACUUUUUUAAUUUACUGCCUGAAGUAAAUAUUAAAUGUAUUGAAUCGUAACGAACGCUAACUCGCAAAGAAGUUUCUAUUGGUUCAAAGGUCCCACCAAAUUUCGUCGUCAUGUGCGUCUGUUGAAGAAUGAAAUGAAGUUGUGAUCAUAAUAGAAUUAUUGUAUUCUAUCGAAAUAAUAAAAGUAUAUUUAUUUAUUUAAUUAUUAAUGACUAAUGCCUUAUGAAAAUCUAUUGAUUAGGUUGUAUAUCUUGACUUGAUCGAUUGCGGUAGUUGAGACAUGUAUUAUGCAUGUCCAACUACUGUUUGCCCCGAUGUACUAUAUAGCGGUAGAUUGCUAGGGACUGCCAAACUCAAAGCGUGAUAUUAGUCCAUGCAUUCAUUGACGGAGCCUUGUAAAUAAGCUCAGACCACUUUAUCGGGGUCCGCGCGUUUAUCGUAACCAUUGCUAGAAGACUUUGGGUGUGACAUGGCUGAGAAUCAGUCAUAAAUAAUAAAGACUCAUUCAUACUAUCUUCAUUUGAACAGUAUGUUUCUGAAAUACCUUAAAUUAUUAUUUAUUUUACUUUUUGUUCCACAAAUCCAGUGCUCCUUGAAUCAUAUUUUCCAUGCAUAGUUCCUAAUACCAUUAGCAUUGCUACUACUCCUACUAAUUUGGCUUCUCGACAUACUGACGUGGUGCGGCAAAUUGACACGAUGCAUAUAUGUACCAGGUUGUGCGUCGUGGAUAAGUGGCUGAUGGGAACCUCAUUCAACUUUGUAUAGAUUUGUAAACAGCUGACGCCAUGUUUACAUUUUUCUGGGGUAACAUGAUUUAUCACCAUUCGUUUUAGAUAGGUUUUCAGUAGGACCAGUUAUUGUAUUAUGUAAAAGACUUUACUGGGUUACGUAUUAGGAUCUUGAUUUUUUCUUACUCGCUAACUUGUGUGUGUGUCACAAGUUCUCUCACCGAAUUUUAAAUUAUCACUAACUAGUCAACAUUGAAGUUCUUUAAUAAUCAAACCCAACCUUUUAAUAGAGUAAACGCUAUCGUAGGUAGUAUAAAUUGAAGUGUUAAUUAAUCUCGUAUUAAAAGUUAAAACUUAUUCUGAUUGCCAAAAGAUCAUUUGAGUAUGACCUUCACAUUCUAUUUCUUCUUGGUUGCUGAUGAUUGGAUAUAAUCGCAACAAUGCUGUUGUUAAUUGUUUCGUAAUUACUGACAACAAUGAAAUGCUGUCUUUUUUUAGGAAUAAAGAUAUGGACUCACAAAAUUUAAUGACUAAAAUAUUUUCAUGAAUGAUAUUACAUUAAUUAUCGAUUUAGAUACAAGACGAUACUAUAUAUAACGAUGAGUUUUCAAUUAUUUUACGUACUACAACUCAACAUUUUCUCGAGGUGCUUAUAGACGUUUAGGCGUCAUAAGUUUGUUUGUACUCGCGUGUAUGUACGUUCACGCACGAGCAUAACAUAUUGUACUAAUGCCAGUGUACCUGUGAGAUUUCUGUACAAACAGAAUUUGUGUUCUUCAACUGAUUUGAUUACGUUGGUACAAAAUUACUGUGACUACUUUUUGUAGAUGUGUGCUACUGGUAUGUUUGAUAUUGCUCAUAUUAAUACAAUUCCAUUUGAAAAUCGUCUCAGAUAAUUUAUCUACCUAAAAUAAUCAAAGUCAUUGCCUUACGAUUGUAUUCAAGAUGCUGCUAGACAUAUAUAAGCUUAUUGUUGUAUAGUAUAAAUAGUAGUAGUUUCAUUAUUAUGAAUAAUCACGCGGUUUUAUAAAUUCCUAUCAUGCAACUCGACAACCAAGUAGUUCAUGUUCUUGUCUUUGGGCCUCAGAUUUUUUAUCAAUAAUAGUAACAUUAGUUUGUUGUUCAAAUAAAAUGAAAUGGUCCGUUAGCAGUUUUGGCAGUCGAAUAUCUUAAACUCAAAUUACAUGGUUGCUACUAUAUAGGCUUUUUUAUUGUUAUGCAUUCACACAGACUACAGUGUUUCCAUAUACCUUUUCUCUCCAUUCCUUCAUUUAAACACCUCACUUUUGUCUUUUAGUAAUACAAUUCUAAGCAUGCAUUCAAAUCCAACUGUGCCUAUAACGAAAUCUGGUCGUUAUCGUUCAAGUCAGUCAUCAUCAAAUAAUCAGACGAAUUCGUCUUUGGAUGAUACCUUCGACGAAUUGUAUGAUGAUGAAAAGGAAGAAGAGUUAGGUUCUGUGCAAUCACACGGUUCUGUGAUAACACAUCUUCUUUCUCAGCUUCGGAUCGGAAUGGAUUUAACUAGAAUCACUUUGCCCACAUUCAUUCUCGAACGUCGUUCUACACUGGAAAUGUAUGCAGACUUUUUAGCACAUGCUGAUUUAUGGGCUGUUAUUCCUAAUGCAUCAACGCCUCGUGAUCGUAUGGUUGCUUGUCUUCGGUGGUAUUUGUCUGCAUUCCAUGCUGGCAGACGAUCGUCAGUUGCUAAGAAACCUUACAAUCCUACAUUAGGUGAAAUAUUUCGCUGUUAUUGGCCUUUAUCUACAGAGAGUGGAGAUGAUUCGACAAAUGCAUCAGAAAAACCACAGGAAAAAUUAUAUAAUUCUGGUCCUGUUCCUUGGGCGCCUCACAAUUCCGUAGUCUUCUUAGCAGAACAGGUCUCACACCAUCCUCCUAUAUCCGCCUUUUAUGCUGAACAUGUUAAUAAUCAAAUAGCUGUAGAUGGACACUUGUGGACUAAAUCAAAAUUUCUUGGUCUAAGUAUAGCUGUAGAAAUGGUUGGUUCAGCUGUCAUAUCAUUACUAAGUCGUGAUGAAGAAUAUGUGGUUACGUUUCCAUGUGGAUAUGGCAGAAACAUUCUCACUGUUCCAUGGAUUGAAUUGGGUGGGAAAACUAGCAUCACAUGCUUAAAAACUGGCUAUAUAGCUAAUAUCGAGUUUCGAACAAAACCUUUUUAUGGUGGUAAACGAGAUACUUUACGUGCUGAGGUUUUUGGACCUAAUGAUAAGAAGGCAUUUCUUAUUGUUGAAGGUGAAUGGAAUGAUAAGAUGUUAGCGAAGUGGCCUCAUGGUGUAAGUGAAAGAAAAAAAACAAAAAAAAAAGCAGUUUUCCAAGUUGUUCUUUCACCUUUUUUAUUAUUUUGAGUUUAAUGCACUAUACUGUGAUCAAUGGUUGGCUGAUUUCAUCUAACCUGCAGUUGUAUUGUUUCAGUGGAUGUUAGUAAGUAAGCGACAAAAGGUUCGCUCUUCCUAUGGAAUAAUUUCAAACAUAGAGAAAUCAUAAAUGGAAGGUUUAGUAACCUUAUGAGGAAGGCUCUUAAUUCAGUCAGUCAGUCAGCUACAACGUAGGACUAGGCACAUAUAUGCAUCGGUCCAAGUUGCAAUACGGCAUUAGCACAGCAAGAUGAACACCGGAUUCAUAUAAGUAGUUAAUUUAGAGGUGGUAAUAUAUAAAAGAAAGAUUGCAUAUAAGGAUAUAGUACAGGAAGAAAGAAUUAGUUCGUAGAAAGAAAGAUAUGAAGCGAAUUUUGAUCUCUUAGUUUAAGGGAAGACAGAGAGUGUAUACACCGACGCCAUUGUGAUCGAUUCUCAGCCAUGUAGUCCGUAUCUGUCAUCAUGGCUCGAAGUUAGUGACUUCAAGGACUGAUGCCACGUUUUGGUUUGGCCAACCCUGACUUUCUUCCAACCAUCUCCAACACCGGUUAGCAUUGCACGUCGUGGGAAUCGGUGUUCAGGCAUACGCAACACAUGAUCCAACCAUCUCAGUCGAUGAAGAUUCACAAUCUCAUCAACUGAUUUACCAUCAUUCCCUAAUACCCUGAGUCUAACCUAAUAUUACUUACCUGGUGAUCCCAGCAGAUGAAAGCAAUAUUUCUAAGGUAUCUGUGGUCAAAUACUAAUAGCUUACGAGUAUUUUCAACUCUCAAUGGCCACGUUUCGCAUCCGUAACAUAGAACAGAACUGCCGUCUUUUAUUUGACAGACCGAUAUCCCAUAGGUGACGUAUGUUGGAAAAAGUCAAACGGGCUUUCUGAAUCCAUGCAAAGCUUUCGUCAGACACCAACCUAUUAAAGCUGAUCAGUCUUCCAAGAUAAGUGAAGUUGCCAACGCGUUCGACCACUUCACUCCCUAUCCUUAGUUCAGGUGUUGACGCAGACCAGUCUUAAGGCAACAACUUGCAUUUAGAGGGAGAGAAGCGCAUUCCAAACAUUCUGGCAUUGUCGCUCAGUGCUACCAAAAGACUCUGUAUUUUAUCAGCUACUCCACCCAAUAGGACUAUGUCGUCUGCGUAUUCUAGGUCGAUAGGUAGACCUCCUGGAUGGAGAUCAAUACCCGAGAAUUCAGUAGACGAGAAUGUUAUUUCAAUUAGUAGAUCUACGAUGAAGUUAAACAAAAAUGGAGAAAGUGGACUGCCUUGACGGACACCACUUGAGGUUGCAAAGACAGAUGACAGCUCGCCAUAAGCUCUGACACGACUGGUAACGUUCUAGUAAAGAACCUUCACGAGGUUUAUGUACUUCUGUGGUACGCCUUUCAAUGACAGACACUGCCACAGAAUCUCGCGGUCUACCGAGUCAAAUGCUGCUUUCAAGUCAAGAAAGACCACCAUUGUCGGACGCCGAUAAAUAUGCCUGUGUUCUAGAAUCUGACGAAUGAUGAAUAUGUGGUCGAUGCAGCCACGUCCAGUUGUGAAGCCAGCUUGAUUCUCUCGUGUUUGCAGUUCACGAGUCUACUUUAGGGGCACGAUAGUUAUUUUGGUUAGUAUUUUAGAUGCUAUGUUAGUCAAACUAAUCCCUCUAUGAUUAUCACAGGAUGAUUUUGAUCCGUUCUUUUAUAUUGGGACAAUCAGUUAUGGUGACCAGUCAGAGUGGAUUACGUCCAACUCGCAGCUUUUAGCUAAAAUAUUAGUCAACCUAAUCGCUAAAAUUGGACCACCAUCUUUAACGACCUCCAGCCAAUCCAUCUGGACCAGCUGCUCUUCCUCGUUUCAGAUUAGCUUUAGGUUUCUGAACUUCAGCAAGAGUUGGGGGACCUACUUCAAUGUUCUAUUCGAGUUGUCUGGAAAUGGUGGGUGGUUGUAGAGUAGCUGAAGGCCAGCUGAACUGUUCUCUAAAAUGUUCGGCCCAUCGUUCUAAACGUCUGGACUAGGAGCAGAUGUGAGUGUCGUCUUUUUCCGAGAUGUUGUCACUUACACUUGACUUAUUAAUUCCAGUGUCUUGUAUUAGUCUGUAGUACUGUCUUCUGUUCCUUAUAGCCUCCACCUUUUCCAUCUCUUUUGCUUUCGUUGCCCACCACUGCUCACGGUCGUUCCUUUGACUUCUGCUUAACCUAGAUUUGAUUUGUUUACGCUCUUCAUCGUGUUCAGAGCCUGAUGGGAUGAGUACGAGAAUCCAUCAGUGCAAUAGACCUUGAAGGAAUCCAUUGGUUUUUUGUAACCCUGUGUUUUAAAUCACUAAUCGAUGUCACUGCUGUUUCCACAGCUGCUUAUAUAUCAUUCCAAGCAACCUGUGGGUCAGUUUCGUUUCCAGAACUACUAAAGUGUGACCUCAGUUGUUCCUGGAACUUACUUUUUGUUUUCUCAUUACUCAAUUCAGUUCUAUUGGGUCUUUUUAGUGUGGCUUUUUUGCAUACAGUAAGGCUAUUUCAGAUGCGUUCCUAUAUUAGAGCAUGGUUAGAGUCCAAGCAGGUAUUCCAGAAUGAGCGACAAUCUUCUAUCAACCCACUCCAACGAUGACUGGUGCCAAUAUGGUCUAUUUAAGUCAAUUUUUGGUUUGGUGCAGGUGGUCGCCAUGUUAGACGAUGUCUCUCCUUAUGCUUAAAAUUUGUGUUUGCUAAAAAUAAACGAUUGUCUGAUCAUAGUUACAGCAGACGAUCACCAUUAUCUGUUUGCUGUGCCGGAAUACCAAAAUACCCAUCUAGAUGUUUUUCUGUUUGGUUUGAGCUACCUAUCUGGGCAUUAAAGUCACCUACUACAAGUACUAUGUCUGAACGUUUAGCUUUCUGAAGAAGUUCAGAUAGCUUUCUGUAAAAUUCAUCUUUCACUUCACCUGAGCUGCAGUCGGUGGGAGCGUAAGCAGAAACGACAAAAAGGCAACGACAUGUGUCUCUAUCCUUCCGAGUUCUUACGGAGCCGUUUAGCCGAACACCACAUUAACGACUGUUAACGGGGAUCCACUCUAACAGUGCUUGUUCCACCCUCAUGCUUAGUGCUAUCCUUACUCCUGUCAGUCCACGAGAGCUGGCCGUCGGGUCACCAGAUACUCGGAGGGUGUAUCUCGUUGGCUCUCCGUUUCGCUGAGGUGAGGUCAAGUGAAUGACCACACUGGGAUCCUGUAUGCGUGUUUCAGAGACACAGCAUACAUCAAUGGUACGAGAUUCUAGGAUUCUAACCAAGGAAGCCUGUUGACCGAUUUGACAUAGGGUGCGUAUGUUGAAGGCUCCAAUGUGUAGUUUUGUGCGAGGUUUUAGUAGACCUGGAACAGUGUUUUGAGCACUAGAAUCGUUGGCUAUGGUGACACUUGAGGAGGAAGCCGAAAAAGGAAGGUUAGAGGUGAAAGUCGAUGUAGGAGGAGUAAUAGGAAGUGAAGACCGAGGUUGAUUAGGAAUACAGUGGUCUUGAGUGCUGUUAGAGGUAUGAGGGCGGUUAUCACUUCCCGGUUGCCCACACCGUGGAAGGGUUCUUCUGGAGGUACCUGAAAAGGAAAUUCGAUUAGAAGUGGUCUUAGUGACCUGAGAGCGUAACCACAAUGCCCAAGGGACAAUUGCUUGAGGUCAGUCACACACGACCUUUUUUCGAGUAAUUUUUGUGUUAGCUCUGUACUUGUCGAGACCUUACCGCCGGAGGCGGAUAUCCGUGGGAUAAGGCGAGGUGUGCAUUUUUAGGGUCUACCAUUUCUUACCCCACCCCUCCUUGUGGGAAGACAGCGUCGCUGUUAUGCUGGUCAUCUGAGGGAAACAUCUUACUGUCGUCACACCUCUGCACAGUCAGCAGUAUGACUUCGCCUUCGGACCUUGGGUUUGCUGCUUUUAGUCUUACCGUUCUUCAACAGACCUGUCUGGCAUGGUAGGACCUUGAUGAACGAUUGUUCCAGCCAGUAUAACCUAUCUGGUUCAUCACGAUAAGCAAGCACGACCACCACGUCAAGAUAGCGACAACAGUUGGGAGGUUCUUAAUUGAUUGUAUAGGCAUUCUAGAAGUAUAAAAUCAGUCAGGCUUAAGUAUAUAUAACUUGUUAAUGUUAGUAUUUGGAAGCGAGUGAACAAAAGACUACUAAAUCUUUAAGUCAAUCAAACUCCUGUGUCAGUCAUCAAGCACAGAAUUACUGCAAUCUUACACAAAGAAAUGUAAAUCUUCAGGUAAGUGUCCAUAAUUUUGUUCGCUUAGGCGAUAAAAAGCCCCAUUUCCUUUUUAAGUCAUUAAUUCGAUUGUUUACAGUGUUAUACUACUCAAUUUUUCUGGUCACGUGGUUCGAUGAGGAUUUUACCUGUAGUUAUUAUUUAGUAAUCGACCUAUCUGUACUUUUUGUUAUAGGUCAUUUAUGAUCAUAUACAUAAAAUUCAGAUGUCUUUUAGGAAUUUUUUUUAAUAUUGUAGAAAAAUGAGUUAUUCAUUGAUACCCGUAACCUACCAACUGUAAGAAAACAUGUCCUUCCUCGAUCUCUCCAAGAAGAAAAUGAAUCAAGACGAUUGUGGGAGGAAGUGACAUAUAAUUUAAAAGUGGGUAAUAUCGAUGCAGCAUCAGAUGCUAAACAUCGUUUGGAACAGCGACAACGAGAUUUAGCUCGACAGAGAAGAGACUCAAAACAUACAUGGACACCAAAAUACUUUCGUGAAGAGGGAGAAAACUGGAUUUAUAGACAUCCUUUAAUUCAACGCCUACAUCAAUCACUCAAUCAAAAUAGUUCUCCCACUGAACCACGAGCAAUCUCCAAAAAUACGAAUUUAGCAUGUUCACCGGAUAUAGUUGUUAAUCCAGUUUCUUGCAACAACGCAAUAACCGAUUCUCCUCAGAUAGUCCAUGCUACUACAACUAAUUCUUCAAUCCCUAUAAUUGAAUAUUUCCCCAGUCCAUAGUUUAUAACUUCAUAUGAUUUUUAGAAAUUACAGUUUUUUUCCGGUUUAUCACAAUUAAUGUAAAGCUCGACAAUAAUAUUUGUUUUGCUCAAAGUGGAGAUAAUAUGAAUUUUUAAGAUCUUUUUCCCUUUAAUAUCUUUUUUUUUUACAUUUCAUUGUCUUUGUUCUCCGCACUUAUUUGUGUUUCUUUCAAAACCAGUUUCAUGGACGAUUUUGAAUGCACAUUUCUCUAGUGGUUUUACACAUCCUCUCUCCUCUAUCUAUAAUUUCUUAAAUGGUGCUCGGAUUGAUUACAUAUUCAUUCCAUAAUAAUCAUAAUGCAAACGAUAUUAUCCCCCUUUUGGUUCUCUAUUCAUCUCGCUUUUUUUUCCGUUAUAUUUCACUUCUAACAUUCAAUUCUGUUAUUUAUUGUUUGCUUCUCUAGUUUGAUUUUUAUUUUGAAACUUUUAUUAAAAUGGAUGCAUUGUACUACCAUAUUUUUCUUUCCCAUUUACUUUCAUCGUUUUUUUCCUUUUAAGCUUCCUAUAACUUGUUCGCUUGUUUGUUACUUUCCUUCUGUACAAAGAAAGUCAGCAAGAUGUAUUAAAUGCUCUGACCGUAGAAUAGUUACAUGUGUGUGUAAACAAGGGUCCUACUAUUUCUCUGUAUGAUCAUAUUUGUUAUGUACUAUAUAAUUUGUGUUAACCUGUCGAGGUCGAUAACUAUUUUCAGUAUUUAAACUUUUCGAAUGUUUGAUUCUAUUUUUGCUAACUCAUCGUUUUCUCAAAAAUCGGAGUUACAGCCGUUACUCUUGUUUUCCAUUUUAAAUAUAGCUGUUUACAGAGAUAUGACUCCACUCGACUUAUAUCAAGUAUAAUAUAGAUAUAUUCUGCUUUGUCUCAAUAAACACUGUAAGAGUAGAUUUGUUUAGAUAGUUCAGUGCAUUCAAAUUACAUAACUAAAUACGUUUACUGUACACAUUAGCUUAAGAGUCGAUAGUUAUCAUAGAAGUGAUUUAAUUAUACGAAAAUGCACUUUUGAUAAAAGAUGUGGUCUUGAUGCGGCUGUUGAUGAUCUUUGGAAAAUACUACCACGUACUGGAUAUCUGCGAUUAGUGUAGUUUCUGCAAGACACAUCAGAAAAAGCUUAACCAUGAGACAAUACAGGAAACGGAUAGUGGAUUGAUCUAUAACCACCGAUGAAACUAUUUCAACGCUAUGGCUGCUUUCCAUUGAUUCGGUAUGACAG